CAUAAUAUCGCAUCACUUUGCCAUUUACAUCCUUUGAUGUGACUAGAAUCCACAUUUUUUUAACCAUUUACAUCAAGCAUUUAUAAUACCAUUACAAAAAAGAAGCAGACACAUUGCUAUUAUACAGAUAAAUAAUGCCACCGACUAAAAACCUUUCAGAGAGCACAGUGGGCCAAACACUUCCCGAUAACCACAAGAAUGCUACUAAUGUGUUGUUAUCAUCACUCGCAGAGAUCGAAGUACUGAUAUCACCUCUGACUGCUGCUCCGAACUCAUUAUCAGAGACACUGACUAAGCUAGAUAACGAGAAACGCUGUCAACUCGAAUUGCUUUUAGCUUAUGCCCUUAAUACACUAGCAUUCAUCAACUUAAAGUCCAAUGGUAUCCCAUCUAAUUCUCAUCCGGUUAUGAGUGAACUAAAACGAAUUCAAGCCUAUACAGAGAAACUUCGACAUGCAACAUAUGGCAACAAACCCAGCAUGAGUGUUGACAAGGAUGCAGCGGAGCGGUUUAUCAAGGGCGCUUUGGCAUCGAAUGCAAUGCCAGACUCAACAGCACCCUCGAUAGCAAAAGGAGAAGGAAAACACUCAAAGUUUGAUGAACAAGGAAAGGAAAUAGAAAAUGAUGAUGAUCAGAAGAAAAACGUGAUUCAAGGCUCAAAUGUAAAGACAACAGACUCAAGUUCAUCAUCAUCAACAGCAGGGACGACAGCGACAACAACGUCGUCAUCAUCAUCAACGAGAAAGCGCAUGGAUCCGUUUCAAGGAUACGGCGAGAAUAAGAAAAAAAGAAAUUAAUAUAUAAGAUGGAUGUGCU